AUGUUCAUCGACUCGACAGACCCCAACAUCUGGCUGCCAGAAGAAGCUUGUGAAGCGUUUGAGGAAGCGUUUGGACUGCAACUCGAUGAGGAAUCAGGUUUGUAUCUUGUGAACGACACACACAGAAACAGACUCCUCGACUCGGACGCACAAGUCUCUUUCAGACUUUCUGAUGUCAGGUCGGGCGGAGACACCGUAACCAUUGUCCUCCCCUAUGCCGCGUUUGACCUGACAGCCGAGGCUCCUCUGGUAGCGAACACCAGCCACUACUUCCCCUUGCGACGAGCCAACAGCUCCUCGCAGUACACACUCGGCCGAACAUUCCUACAAGAAGCCUACCUCUCCGUAGACUACGAACGCAAAACCUUCAACAUCUCCUCCUGCAUCUGGAACCAAGGCGCCCAAGAAACCAUCAUCCCCAUUACCUCCCCCGACGACCCAAACGCCGACCUCGACCCAUCCAGCAACUCCUCCUCAGGCAGCUCCAACCUCAGCACCGGCGCCAUAGCCGGCAUCGUCGUUGGCGCCGUCCUCGGCGUUGGCCUCAUCGCAGGCGGCAUAGCGCUUUGCUUCCUCCGCAAACGCAGAAAAUGGAUCGGAUCAACCUACGCAGCCAAGGAGCCCGAGCCAGAUGAGUCAGUCCUCAAGGGACCCGUCUUCAACUCGCCCUCCUUCAGGCACGCGUCAGAGUCGACGAUGCAGAACGGGUCCAGCUCGGUGCCCUUUUCAGCAGCGGACGUGUCCGGCGCGAGGUCAACGCCUACGACGAUGGGCCACUCGCAUUCAGGGUCGGGGCCGAGUCCGGGCAUGGUGACGGGGGUGUCCCCCAAUGAGACUGGGACGUCGGGUGGCACUGUGGAGUUGGAUGGGGAUGGUACGGCGGUCAAGCCUAACACGGAGCUUGACGGGAGGGAGGUGCAGAAGCCGCUGCCGGCUGUGGCGGAGGACCCGCCGGGUGUGUUUGAGCUUCCUGGUGUCAAGGCUGGGGCGGACAGCGGGAGUAAAGCGAUGGAACCGCAGCAGGAGCAGCAUCGGGCACCUUCAACGGUUGGGUCUUUGCCGUCGGUCGAUGAAGGAAGAGAUAGAACCCCUUCACCACUAACGUCUACUGUCGGACCCAACUGGAGGCCUGGGAGGGUGAGCAUGAUAGAACCGGUGUCGCCUGACACACCUGUUGGGAGACCUUCGGAGCGGCCGUUUUAG